CUGAGUAAUGGUGUGGACAGAUACAUCUCCAAGGACGAGCUGAACAGGGCUGCAUCCAAAACCAAAAGCACUCUCCGCAUUUUCCUGAACAAGAUCUCCCACAGGCAAGAGGACUGUCUCUCCUUCCGGAUCCACCAGUACUUUGACAUGGGGUUCAUCCAGCCGGGAUCAGUCAAGGUCUACUCCUAUUACAACCUGGAAGAGUCCUGCACCCGCUUCUACCACCCGGAGAAGAGGAACGGGCAGCUGAGAAAAAUCUGCCAUAAGGGCCUGUGCCGCUGUGCAGAGGAGGAGAACUGCUUCAUGCCCCGGGGAGAGAAUGGCCUCACACUGAGCUACCGACUGGACAAGGCCUGCGAGCCCAGAGUGGACUAUGUGUACAAGGUCAAGCUGGUAGACUUGGAGUUGGCUGAGGAGUCUGACAGUUACAUCGUGGUGAUGGAGCAGGUCAUCAAGAUCGGCUCCGACGAGGUGCAGGUCGGCCAGUGGCGCCGGUUCAUCAGCCACGUCAGAUGCAGGGACGCCCUGAGGCUGCAGAAGGGGAAGCAGUACCUCGUGUGGGGGUUGUCCUCCGACCUGUGGGGGGAGAAGCCCAACCGGAGCUAUGCCAUUGGGAAAGACACGUGGGUGGAGCUGUGGCCCUCAGAAGACGAGUGUCAGGAGCCGAGGAAUGAGAACUUGUGUCAGGACCUGGUCAACUUCAGGGACAGCAUUCUGCUCUUCGGCUGCCCCUUAUGACCACCCCCACCCCCACCCCCCAAUAAAGUUUCUGUUAACUUUUCACAA